AACGCAGAAAUCGCGGGUUUUUAACAGAAAUAUUGUAAAAAUGGGCGAUGAAAAAUACUUAUCACACUUGAGUACAUUAAAAGAAAUAAUAUUGGAUGAGGAAAGGUUAGUCACGUAUGUAUCAAUAAGCAAAGAAUUAUGUCUUCAUGUUAAUGAAAGUAAAUCCCUGAUGAAUAAAGUGGUUGAGGAAAUAAGAAAAAAACAAUCAGAUAUCAUGCUUAAUGUUACUUACAUUAUAUCAGGAUUAACAAACGAUAACAAAGCUCAGACUACCGUAUGUCCUGAGGAUGAAAUAACCGAUUAUCGGAGCAGGCUGAAGUUAGUUUUCUUUGAGCAUAUAUACAGUAUUAACAAGGGAAAACCUUCUGUAGAUAAAGUAGCUUUCAUGUCGAUUACUACGUUUGAAGAUUACCAGUUAUGUUCGGGCUUGCUGAAGAAUAAUGUAUGCUCCAAAUUGACAUUGGAUGAAAUAAGCAAAUUGAAGUCAUCCAGCCAAGUGGCAGUAGCUGAGCAGACAGUGACUAAACCUCCUCCCCCAAAGAAAAUAAAAGAGGAAAAAGUGAAAGACAAACUUGUCAAUGGCGAUGCCAAACAUUUAGAGAUAAAAUCUGAACCAACUGUUAAGCAAGAAAAAACAUCACCACAAAAGAAUGUGUCACCACAAAAAAGUGCCAUAAAUGGCAACAAACAGAAACCGGAUGUGAAGAAUACUAACAAAUCUCAAAAAGGAAUAGCUGGGUUCUUCAGCCGGUCUGACAGUGCUCCAGCAAAGAAAUCAGCAAAAGAGACCAAAAAAAAUGAACCUGAUAUUAAAAUAAAAUUAGAGUCCAAUGCAAAGGAAAUUGAUGAACAAAUGGAUGUAGAUAUUGAGGAUAAGGGAUCAGAAACAAAUAAAACUGAUGAUAAACCUGUCAUUAGUAAUGGUAUAAAAACAAAGGACACCGGGAAUACUGCUGUAAAAAAUAAAUCUAAAAGCAGUAACAAGUCUUUGACCCAAAUAAAAAAGAAUGCAAAGGUUGAUAAAAAGCGUAAAAGGGUCUUACAUGUAUCAGAUAGUGAAAGUGAUGAAGAUAAAAAUGAUCCAUUUGUUGAUGAUGAAGAUGUGCUUGAUAAAAAAAUUGAUGUGGAAUCAGAAGAUGAGAUACCUCCCACACCAGCUGUUAACACCGUCAAAGUGGCAUCUAACAUGUUAAAUCCUAGGAAGAGAAGAAAGAUAGUGAAUAAAACUUAUACUGAUGAGGAAGGAUUCAUAUUAACUAGGAAAGAGGAAGUUUAUGAGAGUAUGUCGGAAAAUGAGGACAUAGACAUGAAGGAAAAUGUAGAAAAAGAUAAAGUCAAUAAGGAUGCAGCUAAUGAAAAGACAGCAUCAGUGAAGUCUGAAGUCUCUCCAACUAAUAAGAAAAGUGCUCCAAAAAAUAAUAAAAAGAAGAUAUCUCCUCCUCAGAAAGGCAAACAAGCUACACUUAUGAGCUUCUUCAAAAAAGCUUGAUUGAUCUGUCCAAUAUGUAAAUCAUGGUUUCUGAUAAAUUGUGUUGAUAUGAAAAUAAUGGUUUGUUCUAAAGUUGUAAUUGUUUCAAUAAACAUACUCUAUUGUA